AAUAGUAGUACACUUUUAGGUUGGGGCGGGGGCGAUUCUGUUUAAUGUACGUGUUGUUUUGUUGCAUGUGAUUGCCUGUUGGUAGGCGCUUAAUGGGCUGAAAUGAUAGUCUCUAACAUUUGCCGGUGGGGUGCAAUCCGUAGGCAUGAUGCCAUUUGCAAUGUAUUUUGGCGGACAGACACACGAAAAUCUUUGUCCUUUUCUGCUGUUCGACUGGAUGCCAGUUUUCCGCUCCUGAAGGUUGAUGUCGAUUGCACUGAUCAGGCAUAUCAGCAGGCUGCAGCAACAGGCUUGAAGUCCAUUGAGCAACUUGACAAGAUCAUGACAGUGCUUGCAAAUGGAGGUGGAGAGAAGGCCAGACAACGCCACACUCAGCUCAACAAGAAGAUGCUUGUAUGGGACAGGAUUGCCCGUUUAGUGGACCCCAAUACAGAGCUGAUCAACCUCGCUCCUCUGGCUGGCCUCUCCCUGGAGUAUGGAGAUGUACCCUAUGGGGGUGCAGUUUGUGUCAUUGCCAAGGUGAAGGGGCGGUACUGCGUGAUCAACGCCAAUGAUGGGACUGUGAAGGGAGGCACCUACUUCCCCAUAACAGUCACAAAGUCACUGCGGGCACAGCAGAUCUCUGCGGCCAGCCGGCUGCCGUCCAUCUGUCUGGUGGACAGCGGCGGUGGCUUUCUGCCGCUGCAGAGCCAGCUGUUUCCGGACAAGCAGCACGGCGGCCGCAGCUUCCGCAACCAGGCGGUGCUCUCGGCCGACGGGAUCCCGCAGGUGGCGGUCGUCUGCGGCAGCUGCACCGCCGGCGGUGCGUACGCACCGACCAUGUCUGACGAGGCUGUGAUGGUGGACCGGAUCGGUACGCUAUUUCUGGGAGGACCGCCGCUGGUGCGUGCCGCCACUGGCGAACAGGUCACCGAGGAGCAGCUCGGUGGCGCCACACUGCACUGCAGCGUGUCCGGCUGCUGCGACAUGUUUGCCGCGGACGAGGAGGAGGCGCUCAGCACGACGCGUGACGUCAUCGACUCGCUCAACCUGCCUCCGGCCGAGGCGAGCCAACACGAGCCGCCGCUCCUGCCGUCUGCCGGCCUGGACACGCUCUCAGGCCUGGACCAUCUUUCGCACUCGGAAGUGCGAUACGUCUUAGGGACCAUCCUAGACGGAAGUCGCUUUCGAGAAUUCAAAGCUACCUACGGCAAGAGCGUCAUCACUGGUUUCGGAAAGCUUAACGGGCGGCUGGUUGGCGUGGUGGCCAACCACGGGACGGUGACGUCACGCGACGCCCUGAAAAUGGCGCAUCUGGUGGAGCUCUGCGACCAGCGUGGCAUUCCCCUUAUCUAUCUGCAAAACUCGCCAGCUGACGCAGCGGCGGACUGCUCAGAUCCUGAGGUCCUGAAGUGUCGCAGCCGAGCGGCCGCCGUGCUGGCCACCACCAGAGUGCCUCGAAUCAGCGUCAACCUCACGGGCUGUCACGGCGACCAGCACCUGACCAUGUGCGGCAUAGCGUUUGAGCCGAACUUCUACUUCGCCUGGCCACGCGCCAAGUUCUCGGGACCGGCGAUGACAGCUGGCGCGGAGCCGUCGGCGGCGUCCGCCGCUCCGCCGCCGCCGCCGCCGCCGCCGGCGGCAGCCACGGGCAAGGCCAAGACCGGGCCGCCGCCGCUGGUGCAGCUGGACAGAGACUCGAGCCUGUUUUACGCCUCGCGGGUGCUCAUCGACGGCGUUAUCCGCCCCCGUGACACCAGGAAGAUUCUGGAGACGAGAUGUGACCGGUCCUAG